UGGCAGUCAGUUUGCUGCCGUCGCUGUUCGUGGGUGAAAGUCCGGUCCGCUUGGCUCCGCCACCUUUUUUGCCGCAUCUCGUAGAUACUUCACACGGGAAUCGCUCCUAUCCGGAUGCAAUUGUAUCUCGUGGAUUGUGCCGCCGUCAAGUGUCACUUGAAAAUUGUCAAAAUUGAAUUUACCGAACGUUAGUGAACAAAGGUCCUCCAAAUGGCCAUAACGAGUGUUUCGGCCUUUGUCUGGCUUCGAUUUUCGGACCAAACUCAAGGGCUUUCGGGAUUAAGCCAAAAGGUUCUGUAGAGAUACUUAAGUGCUAAGUGAACACAUCAAAAGCAUCGCCGUAUAGUGAACUACAUACAUAUAUCAUCUGUUUGUUUGAAUAUGCCUGGCAGGUUGAUUUCUGCUUUUCCCUCCACCGAAAGGCCAAAGUCACAGCGAACUUUUCCUCUGGCGAUGAGAGCUAAACAAAUGACACUCCUUCCAUAGGGGAGAGGGAUAGUAGGAGCCGUCAUCCCUCGCAAUCGCAAUCGCAAUUGCAGAAUGUGUGCCAGCGACGUGGAACCUUCAGUCUUCGGUAUAGUAACCUACCACUCCCACUGAGUGGCAGGAGGAGAUUCCUUAGACAGACACCUCUGAUUGAAUCGGCAACGACAACGGCAAAGGCGACGAAAACGAAUCCGAAUCCGAAAACCAGAACAAAAACGAAGGAAAUGCGGAAAAACUCAAAGGAAAUGGCGGCGAAUCGGAGGCGAAAGAAGACAAUCGGCAUGCUGACAUCGGGACUAAAAUCAGUAGUCAAGUGGAAAAUUAUUAUAUCAUCCAUAAUGCUGCUCUUAUUAAGUGGGACAAGUCACGUGCUGGCGGUGCGAAAGGGUCGCCUGAUGUCCCCCAGCACAUUCACCGCCCUCAGCGGGGACCUGCAUGUGCAGAUCCAGUUCAAUGGCAACGAGGUGUCCUCGGCGGAAGAGGAGGAGCACAGCCCAUCCACCCGGGAGCACUUGGGCACUGACGGGCGGGACUUGAGGACCAGGAACAACACCAUAAUGAGCACUUUAGUCAUUAGCAAAAUCAUUGAUGAAGUGGAGACACCGACUUCCACCCCCGAUGCAAAUGCCACCAAUAGCCAGGUGGUGCUCCAUCGCAGGCGCAAGGAGGUGGUGCAGAAUAUACCGGUCUUUCCGGAUCCCCGGUUCAAUGUCACCCAGGUGACGGUCCCAUGUCAGACCUUCUUGAUUGGCGGCCGCUACGAGAUGCAGGUGGUCAGCAACCUCAAGUCGGUGAAUCGGAGUGAGGUGACCACCACUUUGGUGCCGUCCCAGGACGAAAGAUUACUCCAGACCCUCGAUGUGCGAUGGCCCAGUGCCGAGAUGAUAGUGAGUCCAGUGCGCCUGAGGACCUAUCCCAAAAAUCCCGUCGAGGUCAAUCUGCGGUUUCCCGAGGUCAAUUGCAAUCAGUCAGGCAGCAGUUUGGCGCUACCGGAAUUCUGGCUGGAAUUAAUAUACUGCGGCAAGGAGAGGAGUUGCAGCCGGAAUAUGACCCCUUCCAGUGUCCUUUUUGCGGAGCAAAUCAGGGGAUUCCCGAAAAACAAGAGUCUGCACUUGGGAUGCGAACUUUUCGGACUGGCCGGGAAUUAUGCCGUUCAGCUGAGACCCAUGGUGCCCGCCCAGAAUGUGCCCACCACCCGGCGGCUACUGAGCGUCGAUUGGAGCGAUGAGUUCGUGUUCAACGUGUAUGCCCGCAGCAUUUUCCCCUGCGAUCCGCACACCGGAAUCGGUGUCCUCUACGAGUAUCCCGGCUGCAUUCUGGAGCAGGGCGACCGGGUGCGUCUGUACGCCAAGCUGAGGGCAGAUGUUGCCUCCCUGAAGCCACCGACCACGCUCCACUAUGUCUCCGAGCAGCGGGUGGUCAAGAGCCAGCACUCACUGUACUUCGCCUGCGAGCUCUUCUCGGAGAAAUACGUGGAGUACUGCUUCGUCUACGUCAGCCAGGCAAUUUCCGGUGCCGUGGCCGAUGUCCGGAUGGACUGCGUGCCCACGCUGCCCGUGAGCGAUUCGGAUACCGGUGGCUGGGGACCCUGGAGCGAGUGGACGCCCUGCUCUACGAAUUGCCUGGGAGGAACCCGCAAUCGCUACCGAUUCUGCGAUUCACCACCCCCGCGAUAUGGCGCCAAAUUCUGCGAGGGUCCUUCAGUUGAAACCCAGAAGUGUGGCAAGAGCAUCGCUGAUACGUGGGACUGCAUCUACGAGACAUCCGGUACGGUGAUAACCAAGGAGAACAGCACCGAGGUUAGCCAGGAAAUCGGACCAGGAUGUCGCUGUGGCUGCAUAGUGCAUCUGGGCUCCUCGAAGCCCAAAAGGAUCAUUGCGGGCGCCACACAAAGUUGUCCCGGCCGCUCCUUCUGGCUAAUACAGGUGGAUGGCGAGGAAAGCAUUUCGCUUGCCCUUAGUUUCCUCCGUUUGCCCUGUGCCUCCCAGUACAUAAAGGUGCGCGAUGGUCCGUCGCUUUCGUCCACUCUUCUCGUGGAACUCAAUGGCGGUGGGCUGAUCCUCAAGGGAGUGGGCGUUCCGGUGGCCAUCGAGUCGAGUGGUGGCCAACUCCUGGUGGAAUUCUCCGCCGGCGAUGGACCCUCGACGAAUGCAUCCACUGGAAAUCAGGAGGGAAAUGCAGCCUGCACCGGAGGAUUCAUGGCCAAUGUGCAGCAGCAGUUGGCAUCUAGGAGCAGCAACAGUAGUACCACUCUUGUGGCCGCCACCCGUUUGUCCGGAAAAAGUCGCUCUGUUUCCCAAAAGCCCAUGUCGCGUCUUCGUUUUACCCUGGUACAUCUAAGUGCCAUGAUCUUUGCCAGCAUCAUCAUCAUAAUAAGUGCCCUUUUAGGUGCCCAAUAUGUGGUGCGAUAUCGAAAGUACCAUUUGGCAGUUGCACGGCGUCAGGACGAAGGAUCCCGGCUUCACACUCCCAGGGCUUCGCUGAGUUCCCUGCAAGGACCUCCUUCACGAGCCAUGUCCACCACUACCCUGCUUUCGGAGGUCAUUUACAUGGUCAAGAUGCGACCCAAACACCAUCUGCGACACUCCAUUCUUCGCGAGAGCGUGGAUGCCGAGAAUCUGACCGGUGAGACGGAGUUCAAGGAGUCGGAUUCUCAGGGAAUGCUGGCCAAGUGUGCUGAAAUCAAGGAGUUGGGCAGCUCGGCCUCCAUGGUUACUCUGCGCAACGAACGAUCCUCGCCAGCUCGAUCUCUGGACACCGGCAGUGUCGUAGGAUCGCCCUCCUCCGCUGAAGCCGAACUGGCUGCGGUCCAUAGCAGCACUGAUGGCUCCAAGGCCUCGCCCACCGAUGAGGGUCUGGAGCCGCCCAGCUGCAAGGACAGUGCCAGGGACUCGGAAUCCAUCAUAUCCUCGGGCAUGAGCUCCCUGUGCAACAGUCCGCCGAUGAACAGCAAGCGGCUGAGCAAGUACUCCGAUCGCUACGAUGCGGUGACCCUCAAGCUGCUGUCCUCCAGAUUGGAUGAGAGCCUGCAGGAUGCCAGUUCGCUGCACUCGGUCACCGAAUCCUUCAGAUUGGGUCGCCUGGGAUCCCGCAGUGUCAGCACUUCCCUGACGAAUGGCUGCUAUUCCCCAGCUGCCAGCGUGGUGAGCACGGCGACCAUCCGGACGACCAGCAAUCCCAAGGAGUCCAAGGAUAAGCAGAAUCGUAGGAAACUGAUGACCCGACCAGGUUCAGAAUUUUCACUCGGAAAUCAGGAGGAACUCGAGCUGGACUACUACGAUUACAAUGUGAUCAAUGCGGGCUCGGCGCCGGGUUCCUAUCUGGGAAUGGACCCGGCAUACUUAAUCUGGAUACCGCCCUUCGAGGAGGUGGCCGAACGGGAAGAGGACGACAAGACACCAGAACCGGAACCGGAUCCCGAUCCCGAGAGAGAUGAACGGGAGCCGCUGUACGAGGAGAUCAGGAUGCCCAAAUACGGACAUUAUCUGAGUCCCGCCAGCAAUACGGAGUCCAGCAAGUCCACCACAGCUGAUAAUACACCCAGUUCCGAGGAGCGAUCACCGCCGGACAGUGGGCGUCCCUCGAAGGCCACCUCGCCCUGCGAUGGAGGGGAGAAGGGAGGGAAGGUCCUGCCCAAGCAGCCCACUCCAUUUAUGAGCAGAAAGCAGCGACGUCAGUCCAAACAGCAGAUGCAAUCUAAUUUGUCCAUCAGCGGCGGUUCCCUGGAUCGUGAACAGCGAACCAAACCGCCAAUUGAAAUGGCCGCCGUGCAUCAGAAAUUGGAUACCGAACUGGAACCAAACGAUUCGAUGACCGGCUCCUAUGUGGAAAAGGAAACGGCCGUGGAGAAAUCAUCUGGGGAUCUGCAGGAGUUUCUAUCCGACAUCGACGACAUCCAGUUUGCCGAUGAGAGCGGCAGCGAUUACGAGGCUGUAAACCUCAAGAAAGUAGUAACCAAAUCGGAACUCAAACUAAAUCAGGAUGAUGUUCGAUCCAAGCUUUUGCGAAGAAAAGGGACAAAGUCAAAGGAAGUGUCGGUAUAACCCCAAAAUAUUAUUGUACAUAAAUGCGGCACAAAAAAAGCGGUAUAUGUUUAGUUUAGUUUACGAUCUUGUAAAAUACGGGUAAAUAUAAUCUAUACAUAUGUCAGCACCAUAAGAAACGUAGACCACCUGGAGUAAUUGUGUUUUUAAAGCUAAGCCCUAAGCUCAUCUCAAUAAUUAUAAAUUGUAUACUUGAAAAACGAAAAGAAUGUAGAGCAAGCUCGUAUCUAGUCUCAAAGCUCUUAUAAGGCUAAUCUGUUUAAUCUCUCGUUACCAUGUAUAUAUCGUAGCUAAGGUUCACUGUAAUU